AUGUCAGUCUCAUCUACUACGACUGCGGCCCUCAGCUCGGCUACCGUCGCUGGUAAUAUUUUGGUCAUUGCUAGAGAUGCUACGUCUGCACUCGCUGCAACUGAUGGUCUCAAUGGCUACGGAAUCCCUUUCACCACUCUUGUGGUGCCGCAAGCCGGUGCUGAUCUGCCCACACUCGAAAAUGAUGCGGGCGGUCUCUUUGGAGGUAUUGUUGUAGCUUCGGGAAUCAGCUACGACUAUGACUCGGGCUGGGCAAGUGGUUUGACUGAUGACCAAUGGAAUCAGCUAUAUGCCUACCAGCUCGAUUAUGGUGUGCGCAUGGUUCAAUACGAUGUCUACCCUGGCUCUGACUAUGGAACCGAGAUUAUCAGUGGCUCCGAUGGAUGCUGUGAUACCGGUGUCGAACAAGACUUCUAUUUCACGGAUAUCAGCGAUUUCCCUACCUCCGGACUGCUCACUGGCUCUGCUGCUGGUGUCAGUACCGAAGGACUAUGGCAUUACUCCUCUACUAUUCUGAACUCCAGCAACACUAAGUCUAUUGCUUCUUUUGCUGCAAACUCGGUCGUCGACGUUGAAACCACUGCUGCUGUUAUCAAUGAUUUCGAUGGUCGCCAGCAAAUGGUGUUUUUCAUCUCUCUGGAUCCUAGCUGGAGCUCCACUUCAGCCUUCCUACAGCACGCUUGGAUCACCUGGAUCACUCGUGGUCUCCAUGCUGGUUGGCGUCGUGUCUACAUCAACACCCAGAUCGAUGAUAUGAUGUUGACUACCAACAUCUACGAGCCUACCAACACAACCUUCCGUAUCACCACUGAUGAUAUGGACAACGUUCUGGCCUGGAUUCCUACCAUCAAUGCUAAGAUGAACGCCGGUAGCUCAUACUAUCCGGAGGUUGGCUUCAAUGGUAACGGAAACAUUGACCGCUCUUCGAACAUUGAUGAUGGUUGGGGUAUCUGCAGUGGUGGUGGUGUCUACUACGCGGGUGCUGCGACAACACCAGCUGAGUUCCAAAAGCCCCUGGGAACUGGUACUGACCAGUGGCCCUCUACCCCUACUGCCUACGACUGGACCACGGACUGCACCGAACGGGACCCUCUGAUGGUCUGGUGGCAAACCAACCUCAACAGCUUCGGUUUGCUCUCGCACACAUUCACUCACGAGGCCGAGGACAAUGCCACCUAUGCCGAUGUCUACAAGGAGAUCAGCUUCAACCAGGCUUGGUUGAAGCAGGUUGGACUUGAUCAGGGUACUCACUUCACUGCCAAUGGUAUCAUUCCCCCGGCUAUCACGGGUAUCCACAACGGUGACGCUCUCCAGGCUUGGUGGGACAAUGGCAUCACCAACUGUGUUGGUGACAACACUCGCUCUGCCCUGCUCAAUACCGAGAACGCCAUGUGGCCCUACUUUACCGUUACCGCCACCGACGGCUUCAAUGGCAUGCAGGUUAACCCUCGCUGGGCCACUCGUAUCUAUUACGACUGCACCACUCCUGCCUGCACUUUGGCCGAGUGGAUCAACACCUCAUCUGGCUCUGGUGACUUUGACUACCUCAUGUCCCAAGAGCAGUCUGAUACCAUGCGCCACUUCUUCGGUCUCUACCACGAGCCGUACAUGUUCCACCAGGCCAACCUUCGCAACAAUGACACUGAUCCCAUCACCAUCAACGGAGUGGCCGGUCAAUGGUCUCUCUUCCAGGCCUGGGUUGAGCUUAUUGUUCAGGAGUUUGUCCGUCUGUCCGACUGGCCCCUCGUGACCAUCAACCACGCUGAUAUGUCUGCUAGCUUCUUGGCUCGCUACACCCGCGAUGCCUGUGGAUAUGCCCUCAGCUACACUACUGAGAACCAGGAGAUCACUGGUGUCACUGUCACGGCUACUGGAAACACCUGCAGCGAGCCAAUCCCUGUGACCUUCCCCGUCGCCCCCACUUCUACUCAAGGCUUUGCCACUGAGCAGCUGGGCAGUGAUCCUCUGACCGUCUGGGUUGAGCUCACUGGCUCUCCUGUUACUUUCACUCUGUCUACUCCUAUUGCGCUCUAA